GGCGCUUCCAUGAUGCCUGCGGGCGUGUCUCAGACUCGACAACGGCCGCCGGCCUCGCAGGCCUCAGCUCGGUCUCUUCCAGCAGUAUGAAUCAUGUGGGCGCCAUGGUGCCAGUCAGUGGACGAUGGGUGGAGUGUUUGGAACGAGGAGCCACGGCGACAGGGAGGUGGACACGGCUGGGCCUGGUCGCAAUGCCUUCUUCUUUUCUUCUUCGUGCUGCGGGAUUCCUUCUUCGUUGGUCUUGACAUGCACGUCGCGGGCGGUCGCCAACCAACGCUUGUCACCCGCCAGGGGUUCGACACCCAUGCCCCAAAUCAACCCUGCCCUGUCUGUUUCAUCUCCCACAGGGAACCGCGAUCUCCAACGUUCUCCUACCCUUCGAGAACACCCAGCUCAUGCGCCGUGAUCCCAUCUCGCAAGGGCGCCCAUACAACUCUUCCUAUGUAUAGCAAACGUACUAUACGAUACGCUCCAGUCCACUCCAGCCCUCGCCGCACAUGCAAGUGGGCUUUCGUGAUCGGCGACCGGUUGACUGACGUCGUAUGUCAAGGCUGCCAGGAGUAGUCGAGUUUUGGACAGUCUCGGCACCACGCAAGCAUGCUCGAGGUAAGGGUUGUACGUCGCUAGACCUGGCACACGUCAACCCGAGUUACUUCCACGCGCUCCG